GUAAUCAAGUAGUCCUGCUGGAAACUCGAAACUCGAAAAAGCAAGUUACAGUUUUGAGGAUUUUAUUUCCCAAUUUUAAAAUAUUCGUCCAACAAUGACUGACUCGGAUGAGACCAGUUGGAUAAAUUGGUUCUGCAAUCAGCGCGGAAAUGAGUUCUUUGUGAUGGUGGACGAGGAGUUCAUUCACGACAAGUUCAAUCUGAUCUUUCUGGACAUGGAGGAGAAGAACUAUCACAGCGCACUUCAGGUGAUCCUCGACCUGAACACCGGGUCCGCCUCCGCUGGUGUACCCGAUUCCGAAGUGGAGGUUUCCGCCGAGAAGCUCUACGGGCUGAUUCACGCCCGUUUCAUCGUCACCAAUCGCGGCAUCGAACUCAUGUACAAGAAGUACGUGAAGGGCGUCUUUGGGAAAUGUCCACGCGUCUUCUGCCAGCGCCAGCACGUGCUGCCCAUCGGCAUGAGCGACACCAUCGGCAGCGAAAUGGUGCGUCUCUACUGCCCCAAGUGCAACGAGGUGUACAUCCCCAAGUCCGCUCGCCACGCCAACCUGGACGGCGCCUUCUUUGGCUCUAACUUUCCUCAGAUGCUCUUCAUGGUCAAGCCAGAGACGCGUCCCAAGCGCUCUAAGGUUAAGUUUGUGCCUAGACUGUAUGGCUUCAAGAUCCAUCCCCUUGCCUUUCGCUCUGAGACACAUAAGGACUCGCAGGAAGAAGCUGAUGCAUAGAAAGCAUGCAGCACCCUCCCCCCCCCCCCCCCAAACACACACACACACACACACACACACACACACACACACACACACACACACACAUACACUAUCGAAAUUCACCGUGUAUAAUUUGUUUAGUGCUCUUUUCUUCUUGUUAUUCUAAUCAGCUCUAAACUCUCUCUCCUUAAACACACCCAUACACACACAUACGUAUAUGUAACCGAUGCUGGCGCUCAUCACCAUUGCCUUCGAAUGAAUUCGAAUGAUUCACUUAAUAUUAAAAUCAAAAAAUCGAAUAUUGUUAUAUUUUUGAUACUCUUACAAACAAACUGUCUGGUCCGUCCAUCGUUUAUUGGAUGAUCUUAUAGCUAGAAUAGGAUGCGUGCUGGUGGAUGGAUGUGGGAAUGAGUGCCCUCUAUUUAUUUUGUUCACAUAUAAAUUCAAUGGAAAAAAUAUUAUUU